AUGGGGACUGAACCCGUCACCUGCAGGACCGUGGCUGGCUUAAGAGAUCUGCACCCAGAGCCCUUGUCGUCCAGCCCGGUGACGACGCCAGCCUGAGCCUGGGUCCCAGGCAUGGAGUUCCUGCCAGCCUCCCAGCAUCCCCCAGGGCUCCCAGCCGUGGACUUGGAGGGGCCCAAAGGCCCCGAGGUGCCCUCUGAGGACCAGCCCCCUGGCACCCCGUGGGCCUCUGGGCGGGGAGGACCUGUCCACCGGAGCGAGAUGGAGCUGGAGGCCUCGGGCGUGCAGGGGCUGGUCCGGCAGCUGGAGGCGCUUCCUGGUGACCUGGGUGGCCCGUCCCCAGAAGCAGAGCCCUGUCCCCUCCACAUCGCCACUGGCCAAGGCCUGGCCGCCCGGGAGAGCGCCGACGCUGGAGGGCUGCUGUCGGCCGAGGCGGGCGGGGAUGACCUUCUGGGUCUGCUGAGGUGUGAGGCGUCUUCGCUGGCCCAGCCCGGGUCCCCAGACCCCCCACAGACCACACCUCGCUUGCUGCAGCCGCCGGAGGACCCAGAUGCGGACCCGGGGUCCCCAGGGUGCAUGGAGGGGGUGUCGGCAGAGCCAGCCGACAACCGGAGUUCCAGCAGCUCCCCGGAGCCCUGGCUGGAGACGGCACCCUUGGUGACCCAGCGAGAUCCACCUGUGGGUGCCCAGAGCCCCGAGACCCUGGCCGGAUGCCCUGCUGUGUCGGAGGUUCCAGGCCCCUGUGGACGUGAGGAGCUCGUGGACGGCGUCCUCUUCGCCGCUAAGUACCUGGGCUCCACCCAGCUGCUGUCCGAGCGCAGCCCGCCGCCCAGCACGCGCAUGGCGCAGGCGCAGGAGGCCGUGGACCGCGUCAAGGCCCCCGAAGGUGAGACCCAGCCCAUGGCGGAAGUGGACAUCUUUAUCUCCACCAAGAGGGUCAAGGUGCUGGCCGCCGACUCCCAGGACGCCCUGAUGGACCACGCCCUGCAGACCAUCUCCUACAUCGCGGACAUCGGGCCUGUGCUGGUGGUGAUGGCCCGGAGACGGCUGGCCAGGAGGACCACGCCCCAGGACCGCGAACGGCGACUCUACAAGAUGCUGUGCCACGUCUUCCACUCGGAGGAUGCCCAGCUCAUCGCGCAGGCCAUCGGCCAGGCCUUCAGCAUCGCCUACAGCCAGUUCCUGCAGGAGAACGGGAUAGACCCCAGCCAGGUGGGCACGCGGCCCUCGGCCGCCGCCAGCCACCCGCACAACGGUGACCUGGAUCACUUCUGCAACAGCCAGAACUGCAGGGAGGUCUGCAUCCAGAAGCAGCCCGGCGAGGGCCUGGGCGUCGCCCUGGUGGAGUCCGGCUGGGGCUCGCUGCUGCCCACCGCCGUCAUCGCCAACCUGCUCCACGGGGGCCCCGCCGAGCGCUCGGGGGCCCUCAGCAUCGGGGACCGGGUCACCGCCGUCAACGGGACCAGCCUGGUGGGGCUGUCCCUCGCCGCCUGCCAGGCCGCCGUGCGCGAGGUGCGGCGACACUCCUCGGUGACACUGAGCAUCAUCCACUGCCCGCCCGUCACCACGGCCGUCAUCCGGCGGCCCCACGCGCGUGAGCAGCUGGGCUUCUGCGUGGAGGACGGCAUCAUCUGCAGCCUGCUGCGCGGGGGCGCGGCCGAGCGCGGGGGCGUCCGCGUGGGACACCGCAUCAUCGAGGUCAACGGGCAGAGCGUGGUGGCCAUGCCGCAUGCGCGCAUCAUCCAGCUGCUCUCGGAGGCGCGAGAGAUCCACAUCAAGACCAUGCCAGCCGCCACCUACCGGCUGCUCACCGGGCAGGAACAGCCAGUGUACCUGUGACCCGCCCACCGUGCCUUGUCCCCGCCGUCGCCACCCCUCGGCCCGCUGGGCCCGAAGCCUCGGCCUUGUAUAGUUUUUAAUGUUAAAAAAGAAAUUAAAGGUUUAUUAAGUGGUC